AUGGAUCCUUCCAUACCAUCGCAUUCCGGCAAGGAUGUCGAGGCGGCGGGAGUCACGGUACAGUCGGAAGAUCCGUCAGUCAUACCAGCUAUCUCAGUCACAAGAUCGGAUAGUCUGCCAGUGCCACAGCCACAAGAAGCCACGCCUCCAACUCCAUCGGUGGGCAGCACAUCGCAUCCGCCGCCGCAGCCACUAUCUUCUCCGGUCCUCGACACCAGCCAAGAAUCGUCUCCUUCAGUCCCCAACUCCACCACCACCUACCCGCCCACACAAACUCAGGGCACACGACAACGAGCAAAACCGCAAUCCAGCCUCCCGCGAGCUCCAGCACAGAGCGUGUCGACCUCUGACGAUGUCGAUCGAGCAGAAAAGCAGCAACAAUCGCCCGGCUCAUCAACACGCGAUGACACCAAUAAUGGCAAGCACAAGCCUCGGUUCAGUAGCGCCAAACGACACUGGAAGCGCUUCGCCAAGCUCAUCGGCUUGGAUCCUCUUCCGUGGUAUAUCAGCUGGGCUCCGCCGUGCUUCACCUGGCCCAAACUCAAGCCCGUCAUCCGUUCGGCCCUGCUAGCCUGGAUCUGCAUGGUCAUCUUUCUCAUCAGACCAGCAGAGAGUGCUCUGGGCAACGCGUCCUUCCUUAUUCUCGUCGCCGCCUUCAUCCAGCCUGCCGAGGUGCCAUUCGCUGCCGUCGUAGAGCGCGAGUUCUUCACGCUCCUCUUUGUCUGCGCUGCCUGGGCCUGGUCCAACAUCGGUAUCGCCAUCUCCCAUGCUGUGCGCCGCAACAAGCUUGCACAAGCGCAGACUGAUAUUCUCAGGGCGAUUCAAGGCGACUACAUCGAAGUGCGCCCAAGCAUCGUAUGUGCCGUCUUUCUCUCGGUCGGCUCGGCUGUGGUCCUCUACAUCAAGAUCCGCUUCGGUCCGAGUCCCUUCCUCUUUGCUAGUGUGCUCAGCUGCAUUCUUCUCAACAUCUGCUUGACGUAUGGACCACUCUAUCCUUUCGCCUUCUACUCGCUUGGUCAGUCCGUCGUGGUGCCUUUAGCUGUCAAAGCUGCCAUCAACAUCCUUCUCAGCGCCAUCUUCUUCCCAAAGUCGGUCAACUCGCAGUUUGUCGAGCGUCUCGUCGCAGUUCUCAACCCCAUCGCCGACGCCUGCGGCGAUCAGGUCAAGCUGUUGCAGACAUCGCCACUCGACACGCCGUACACAGAUCCCGACAGCGAGAAGCUCGAACAACCAGCUCCGGUUGCUGGCAAAGAGAACAAGGAUGGCUUUGACUUCGAAUUCGUCAAGAAGAAGCUGGCCGCCGCCGAGGGUGGCAUGAUGCCCAUGACCAUGGCUUCACGGCUCCUGACCCGCGAAAUAUCCUUCGGAAUUGCUAACGGCGAUGAUCUCAGGGCACUCGAGCGCAUGUCACGCUCCCUGAUCGCUCCGGCAGACGGCUGGUCUUACUACUACACUUCGAUCAAGGCUGAUAUUCAAUCUGCUCACUUCCCGAGGACGCCGGUGCCCUCUCGCCUCGCAACGCCAGCCAUGUCACCAGCACUCACCCCUAGAACAUCGCUCGAGCAAUCCCGAGAUGCUUCCGAGUCGGGUCAUGCCAAUCAUGCUGCUACGCUCCAGCCUACGCAGGCCUUUUCUCAGCACAGAGAAAGUGGAUACCACCACACGCAUCAUGUCUCACAUCUGCACACUGCAUCGCGCACCCACUCGCCUGCAUUGACGCCACUUACACCAGUACCUACAGCUCACUCGCCGGCUGCAGGAGGGAGCGUCUCAGCACCCGCUCAUGUGGUACACCAUGAUGCACCGCACUUCCACCAUCCUCCAUCUGGCUCUUCGACUCCGUACCGCGAGUCUCCCUUGCACUCGCAAGUGUUCCCACAUGAACCCUCUCGCAGUGCCGCGGGCUUUCGUCAGCUCGACGAACAUCCAUCUGUCCAGCCGGGCAACGAGCUCACCUCUUCCCGUUUCAGGAAGAUGGCGCGUUCCAUCGCAUCUGCUUCACGCAGCUCCUCACCACGUCGCAUGAUCUAUCACAGCCACCACAGCUCGAAUGAUGUCCGCGAUCAUCACUCUCCCAGCGAUAGCCGCUACCAUCAGGCACUGGAUCGAUCGAAUCAGCUCUUGCACAACUUUGUCCACAAACGCGACCCGGCUCCCGUUGCUAUCUGGGAGUCGAUCCGCUUUGGUAAUCUCGAGACCUUCCUGCACACGUCGGCAUCCAACUACAUCACCGAGAUGUUUGCUCAGCUCAUUCGCGAGACGUCGUCCGACUUGCUGACCACCAAUGCAGAAGCGAUCAGGCACAUUGUCGCCUGGCUCAACCACCUCAACUCGCAUCGUUACACCUUCUUGCACGAUCGUAUCUUCCUAUCAAAGGAACAACGGACAGAAAAGGGCCUCAAGCAGGCAGAGGAGACUAGCAAGGUGAUCGCCGGCGUCGAGGCGAAGCUUGCCGACUUCAGGCAAUCUCAGCGACUCAAAGUGUUGGAUCCGUUCAAGGACGCUCUGAAAGCGCACGAAGAGGCCGCGCUCAGCAGUCACGACCUCGCUACCGAGCUGGAUCUUCGCACGGGUCCAGGUGAGUUUGGCAAGAUCCACCACAGAUAUCUCUAUCAAGCCUGGCUUCAUCAGUUCCACACAAUCAGCUUCACCGAACGCAUGCUCGAGCUGCUUCGGGAAGUUGAGACGAUUCAGAGGCAGAGAACGGCAGCGCACGUCUGGUAUCCACACUGGCCACGCAUCUUUUCUGCCGACGUGUGGCGCAACUCUUCUGGCGCGGCGCACGAGACGGACGAACCAGAUGGCGAGCCCGAUCACAUUCCGGACAUCUCUAGUGAUACUCCAGCAGCCUCGAGACAGAGGAGCAGAAGCAGCCAGACGGUCGUUGGUGAUGACUCGACUCACGGAAGUCGCGAGGGCAAGGAUGGACUGCGUGAUGGCAGCGGCGAGAAGACCAACAAAGGUGCCACCGCCCACGGCCAUGCACACGCUCAUUUUGGACAGGCCGACGACAUUGCUGAAAAGCCUUUUGACCCGAUCGUUGACCUCGGCACCACGCGCGCUCGCGACCCAGACGCGCUCGACCCAGAGGGCUUCCUGCAGGUGGUGGGCCACACGAUCUACUUUUGGUCACGUCGACCUUUCCACGGCAACACGCUAUUUGGCGUCAAGGCCGCCGUGCUCAUCGCGCUCGUGUCCUUGCCCGCCUUCAUGAAGUCCUCCGCAGGCUGGUGCUACGAGAACCGAGCGAUCUGGGCGAUCUUCAUGGCGCAGCUCACUCUUGCACGCUUCCGUGGGGAAACCGCGUUUGCCCUCCUUUCUCGUAUCCUCGCCACCGUCAUCGGCGGCGUCUUCGCACUUGUGAUUUGGUACAUCUCGACGGGCGAUGGACGCGGAAACGCCUUUGGUCUCGGCGCGACAACCGCGGUAACCUUCCCAUUCCUGAUGCUGUUCAGGAUCUACUUCCCUGGUCCGCCUAUCACGCCUAUCAUCGCCUCGGUGACGACCGCGUUGAUCGUUGGAUACAGCUGGAAGGACGUGACCAACCCGCUGCCAGGAGCACCAGGAUACGGAUGGGACACGGCGUGGCGAAGGCUGGUGGCGGUCAUCAUUGGUGUGUCGGCAGCCUACGUCUUCAGCUACCUGCCGCCCACUUCGACACUGAGGCAGUACCAGCGGCUGUCGCAUGCGGCCACCAUAGCGGAGCUGGGCAGGAUCUACUGCGCGGUGGUUGGCAUUGCUAGCCACCCGCAUCAGCAAGGUGGAUCAACGGGGCCAACCACAAAGUCGACACAGAUGCAGUCGAGGCCCGAGUCUCGUCGAGCGUCUCUGCACCACAACAACGAGGAGGCGCGAAGCCAGAUCGAGCUCGUGCCUCAAGCGGAAGAACAUCAGCUGCUCAACGCCCAUCCCUCGUCCGACCUGGUGCGCAAACGCAUCAUCGCCAUCCGCGCCAAACUCCGCCGGCUGUCAAUGAUCUCCGUCAACGUCUCGUACGAGUUUUCCCUGCGCGGUCGAUGGCCUGCCGCCCGCUACCGCGAGCUCUUCGACGUCCAGAUGCAGAUCUCGAAGCUCCUCUCGCACUGUCUGGCCAUCUUCGAGCGCCUAGGCGCGGCAUAUUCGAUCGCGCUGCUGCGCCGAACGCGCUUCCUCGACCCGCGUUUCCUCGGCGACGUGGUCAGCGUUAUCAGCAUGUGCUCGACCGCCCUGAAGACGGGCGAACCGUUACCACAAGUCACACCCUGCCCCCUGGUAGAUCGAUUCAUGGACACCCCGCACGGCUUCAACACGUACCUGCCACAAGACCUCGCCGGUCCCAUGGACGACGUUCUCGCGAGCCUCCCGGCAAAGAUCACGAUGAGCACGCUCCAAGACGCAGAGUACAUGACUUUCAGCGUCGGAGUGGCGACGCUGUUCGGGUUGGUCGUGCGGAUCGACAAGCUGUGCGUGGCGGUCAAGGAGUUGGUGGGGGAGAGCUACGCCGUGCCCGUCGACGUGCAUCGGAUGUUAGGAAGAAGGAACGGUCAUCAUUGA